AAAAAAAAGGAAAAUUCUAUGGUACAUUCCUUAGUUGGAAUGUUUUGGUACAUUCCAAAACUGGCCAAUGAGGAUGCAGUGUUGACCAACUUUGAAUGAUAUGAUACAACCUUUAUGUAUGGUACUUACCAUGGAACUUACCAUCUUUUAAUAUUUCAAUUAAGUCCCUUACAUAUUAAAACUUACACAAUUACCCCAAUAUUUAUAUUUUGUUAAUUUUAAUUAUGAAUGUAAAAUCAAUUAAAACUAAAAUUAAAUAAUAAAACAAAAACAUGACAAAUUAACUUUUGAAUUUUUUUUCAAUCAAACAUCGUUUUCCUUCUUCUGAGGUUGUGUUCAUUACCAGCAAAUACACAACAUCAUCAUCUUCUGAGUUUGAGUUUGUGUUCAUCACCAACAAAGUGUAAACAACAACAUUAACCUCGAAUACGCUCGCCAUUGUUGGACGAACUUGCUAGCUCAUCGUUUUCCUCUUUUGAGUUUGAAAGAAACUCCAUUCGACGGCGAGUUUGUGGAAGAAGUUUGCGUGUGCGUUUGCAUAAGGUUCACAACAAUGGUAAAAAUUGAUGAAUCUCUAGAUGUUGAUUCGAAUGAAGUUAGUUCAACCGAUAGUCAUACAUCUGAUGAUGAGGAUUCCAGCUAUUCGGUGUCCGGUGGGCAUGAUAGGUCAGAUGAUGGCGAUGAUACUGGUGACCACCAUGAUGAUGAUGAUGAUGAUGGUGAUGAUGAUGAUGAUGAUGAUGACCAUGAUUUUGGUGAUGAAGCAUCUAUAGGUGAAAGAGCGGUACGUAUUAAUUCUAUGACUGCUGAUGAAAUUCGUGGUAUGGAAUUUGGUAGUGUUGACGAAGCUUAUGAAUUUUAUUAUCAAUACGGUAAAUGUAAAGGUUUUUCCGUUAGGAAAAGUGAUGAUAAGAAAAAAAUAGGGCCUGAUGGUAGUAAAAUAAUAACAAACAAGCUUUUUGUAUGCAGUAGACAAGGUUUACGAGAUAAGAGACACAUAUCUAGGUUAGAUAGGAAAAGAGAGCAUAGACGUUUGACACGUACGAAAUGCACGGCUAGGUUUCGUGUGACAUACAAAGCCGAUAAAGGUAGAUUUGUAGUGUCUGUGUUUGAAGAGACUCAUAACCAUGAAUUAACAUCAGCUAGGUUUGUGCACUUACACCCGGUUUAUCGUAAAAUUAGCGAAGCAGAUAGAGCUCAGGUUGAUGGUAUGCAGUCACGUGGAAUUAGAACUUGUCAUAUUAUGGGGUACAUGGUUGCUCAGAAGGGUGGAUAUGGUGGUGUUGGGUUUACGAAGAAAGAUCUUUAUAAUUAUUUUGAUAAAAAAAUGCGUGAUAUUGUUAAAGAUGGUGAUGUUGCCGCAUCGCUACAUUAUCUUAAUGCAAAGUCAGCUACUGAUCCCAUGCUCUAUGCUGAAUAUGCUGCUGACACUAGCAAUGGACGGAUGAAGUCUCUUUUUUGGGCUGAUGGGACCAGUAGAUCUGACUACUUCUGUUUUGGAGAUGUGGUUGCAUUUGACACAACAUACAAGAGGAACAAAUACAACCUCCCGCUGGUUAUAUUUUCAGGUUGUAACCACCAUUCCCAAACAAUAAUUUUUGGCGCUGCGUUGGUAUCAGAUGAAACCACGGAGACGUAUAAGUGGGUGUUGAAUUGUUUUUUGGAGUGUAUGGAAAAUAAACGCCCAAAAGCUGUGGUGACAGAUGGAGAUGGGGCUAUGAGGGAGGCUAUAAAAGAGGUUUUCCCCGAUGCGACCCAUCGGUUAUGUGCCUGGCAUUUGAAUAAGAAUGCAGGUGAGAAUGUGAAGAAUUCAGGUUUUUUGAAGGGAUUUAAAAAAGCCAUGUUCUCAAAUUUUUCAAAGGAUGAUUUUGAAGAGUAUUGGUCAGAGAUGAUUAAAGAAAAUGGAGUUGAAGGACAUCCUUGGGUUAUCAAAACCUACGAGAACAAGUUACUAUGGGCAACUGCAUACCUGCGGGAUAAGUUUUUUGGACGUAUAAGAACUACGUCUCAAUGUGAAGCAAUCAAUGCAAUAAUAAAGAGUUAUGUCAGAAAGAAAGGAUGCAUCUUUGAAUUUAUGCAAAAUUUUGAGCAGGCUCUAAGAGGCUACAGAAACAAUGAACUUGUUGAAGAUUUUAAGUCAAAGUUUUCAGAACCUGUGUUGACAACUCAAUUACGUUUGAUUGAGAGCAAUGCCGCUAAAAUCUAUACAGCGGAGAUUUUCAAAGAAGUGAAAGAAGAAAUUAUGAAGGCCGGUGAAUUGAUUGUUAAGCAUAAAAAGGAAAUUGGAGAUACUAAGUUUUAUACUUUGACUAAAUAUUGUCGGGAUGUGUAUGAAAGAACAGUUGUUUACGAUGGUGAUACAUUCCAAUGUUCGUGCCGGUUGUUUGAUUCUCGUGGACUUCCUUGUUCUCAUAUUUUUCACGUGAUGAAGGAAGAACAUGUUGAUCACAUUCCUAGCACUUUGGUAUUGUCGCGAUGGACCAAGGAUGCUAAAAUUGAUUAUUUGAACAUGGUGGAUGUUAAUGAUCCAGUUGAUUCCGAUGUGAUUGAGCUUGCCCGUUUUGGUGCAUAUUGUUCUGUUCUGACAUCAUUUUGCAAAGAAGCUUCUAAAAAGAAUGGUGUGUAUGGUGACAUUAUGGAUGACCUCAUGAAUUUAAAAAAAAAAUAUUGCAGUGUUGAGGAUCCUAUUGGAACACAAAAGUCAGUUGUUGGUGAUCCUAUCCCGGUUCAGAGUAAAGGUGCUCCAAAGAAAAAAAAGAAUGACGCAAAAGCUCUCAGGCAUUGUACUCAUUGCAAGAGUACAACUCAUAAUGCGAGGACUUGUUCGGACAAAAAGAGAAAAAAAAGUUGCAACGCUGAAAGUAGUGUGCAAGACAUAAAUUCAGAGCUACCGGUUGACGUUGGUGAAAGUAGUGUGCGACAGAAAAAGAAGAAAUGUGCAGAGCAACCGAAAGACCUUUGCGAAAGUAGAGUGGCACCAAAAAAGAAGAAAUGUUCAGAGCUACCGAAAGAUCGUUGUGAAAGUAUUGUGCAAAAGAAAAAUAAAUGUUCGGUGCAACUGAAAGAGCGUGGCGCUAAUGUGUCAACACCAACACAUAUUGAUGUUACUAGUGCGACCGGGCAAUUCACUCCGAUGUAUGGAUUUCAACAUAUGAUUCCUAUGUUACAUCCGGUUAUGCAACAGAUGCACGUACCAUCUGGACAACAUGUUCCACCUGCACAACAUGUAACUUCUGUACCACAUGUACCACCUAUAUACCAAAUGUAUGGAAUGAAUGUUGGUGCAAAUUCAACUUCGUGUUAUGGUCUGUUACAACAUGUGAUGAAAUCUGCUGAUGGACAACAAUGA